AUUUGUGGCCAAAAAUUAAAAUUUAAGAAGUUUUGAAAAAUUUUUCACGUGAUACAAUAAAAAUUUCAAUCCAAUGUCUUUUGUACGGCAAAUUUUUGGCACAACUUCAAACUUGGGUAUACGAGCCAUUAUAAUUUUAAUGCUAGUUUGGGCAUUUCUUGUCUAUGCUUUUGUAUCAAAACUUAACGCUCAACCAACAUUCGAGCCAGAUGUUACCGCCAAACGGAUUAACGAAGCGCUGCAGUUACUGGAACAUUCGAAGCAACGCAAUGAAGAGCUAAGACAAAUGAUUGACGAACUUUUAAGUGAUCAAGUCGAUAAGCAAUCUGCUCAAAAAUUAAUGGAACGACUUGAAUAUAAUAUACAAAAUUCCAUAAAUGGUUUUGGAGACACUGAUGGAAUUUUAAAAACAAAAGAUUCACUUACAUUUAAUGAUAUAUCUCAUGAACCUAGUUUAGAAUAUGAGUUAACACGAAGACGUCUACAAACCAAUAUUGGUGAAAUUUGGAGCUAUUUCAGUAAUGAAUUGGGUAAAAUACGGAAAAAAGUCGCUAAGGUUUUACCGGAGUUAGAGACAGAAAUCAACGAUGUAUUAAUCUUAGGUGCAGAGCAUAAGCGAUCUCUGCUAACCGAUAUGGAUACUUUACGAAAAUCUGAUGGCUAUGAAUUAUGGCGUCAUCAAGAGGCUAAAGAUUUAAGUGAUUUAGUACAACGUCGUUUAUAUUAUUUGCAAAAUCCAAAGGAUUGUAAUAAUGCUCGUAAAUUAGUAUGUAAAUUAAAUAAGGGCUGUGGAUAUGGUUGCCAGCUACACCAUGUAGUAUAUUGUUUCAUUGUAGCUUAUGCUACUGAACGUACUAUGAUAUUAAAAUCACGUGGUUGGCGUUACCAUAAAGGUGGCUGGGAAGAGGUAUUUCAACCUGUCUCAAAAACUUGCUUUGAUGCUGAUGUAGCACAUGCAAAUAACUGGCCUGGUAAGCGCGAUACACAAGUUUUAGUAUUGCCUAUUAUUGAUUCACUGAUGCCACGUCCGCCCUAUUUACCAUUGGCAAUACCAGAAGAUUUGGCGCCUAGACUUAAACGUUUACACGGCGAUCCAAUUGUAUGGUGGGUUGGUCAAUUUUUGAAAUAUUUAUUAAGACCCCAACAGGGUACACAACAGUUCUUAGAAGCUGGUCUGACCAAACUUGGCUGGAGAAAACCAAUUGUUGGUGUACAUGUUCGUCGUACUGAUAAAGUUGGCACUGAAGCAGCAUUUCACAGUAUAGAAGAAUAUAUGACUCACGUCGAAGAUUAUUUCUUAACAUUAGAGAUAAAUGGUACCAUAGUUCCACGAAGAAUAUUUCUUGCAUCCGAUGAUGCACGUGUUAUUGAUGAAGCACGAAAAAAGUAUCCCCAAUAUGAGAUAAUUGGUGAUUCAGAAGUAGCACGCUUGGCAGCUGUAUCAACGCGUUACACAGAUACUGCACUAAAUGGUAUCAUAUUGGACAUACAUCUGCUCUCCAUAUCCGAUUUCCUCGUUUGUACAUUUAGUUCUCAAGUUUGUCGUGUGGCAUAUGAAAUUAUGCAAACAUUAUAUCCAGAUGCGGCAAAUCGUUUUAAAUCGCUGGACGAUAUAUAUUAUUAUGGUGGACAAAAUGCACACAAUCGAAGAGUCGUUAUAGAGCACAAAGCACAUAAUCGUGAUGAAGUUUAUAUGAAAAUUGGAGAAUUAGUUGGAGUGGCUGGAAACCACUGGGAUGGUUUUUCAAAAGGCAAAAAUACACGCACAAAUCAAGCGGGCUUAUUUCCGUCAUUUAAGGUAGUUGAUAAAGUAGAAACUGUUAAAUUGCCAACAUACCCAGAAGCUUAGAAAUAUUAGAAAAUAUUCUAUUUUACUUUGAUAUUGCUUUUAUAUCUUUAACUCUUUUUGUAAUUAGGAAAGUAUAAUUUAAUUGCAACCGCUAUUUCUGGGGAAUAGUGAU